AUGGCCGAUGCAGCGAGCGGAUGGCAAACUGUCUUGCCCAGCGCCCAUAGCCGGGUCGAGCGACUGGACAGGGCCCAGUUGGCAGUCUAUGAACGCCAAGCUUUAGAGUUGUGGGCAAAGGUUGAUGGUGACUGGUCUGGAUGCGGAAAACACACGUCAGACACCACCGAAGCCAAGAAGAUACAUCACAAGCUCAAGUCAACAAUAGUCCAGACCUUGGGUCGCGGCGGACAAGGCGAAGUGGAAAAACUCAUAUAUACACAUAAAAGCCGAUCUGUCGUUUUGGCUCGGAAACGAAUCAAGGGUGUAGUGGAUAUACUGAGAGAAGAAGCAAACAUCUUGGAACGGUUGUGCCACGAUCAUAUCGUGAGACUGAUUGGUACUUACGGCUACCACCAUCGGGAGCUUUAUCUCCUGUUAUGGCCAGCUGCCACACGCGACCUAGCUGGCCUUCUCAACGACCUCGACGAUCUUCGACACGAUGGCGGCGACCGGACAGAUAUACUCGAAAGACUAGCAGAGCUGGAGCUAUAUGAUACAAGUGCCAUUGACAAUCCAUACGCGGUCAAGGGGUUUGACAGCCUCCAUCCUAGUGGGUGUCCAUUGGAUUAUCUGCGUCGCAGCAUGGGUUGUCUUACCGGAGCGUUGAAAUAUUGUCACGACUCAGGCAUCAGACAUCUUGAUUUGAAGCCAGAAAAUAUCCUAGUAAGCCCCGGUCAGGUUCACCUGGCGGAUUUUGGUAUAUCUAGGGACGUACAAGCUCAAGAACAUACCAUGACCUAUCUUGAAGUUGGCACCAAGAAAUGGUUCGCGCCGGAGCGAUUCUCCAACUCAGGGGGCUGGUCAAUGAAGUCGGGUGGUGAUGUUUAUUCACUGGGGUUGGUCUUCUUAAAUAUUACCACCAUACUCUAUGGAGCUAAACAAGCCAAAAUGAUGGAUAUCCUGAAGCAAUUUGACUGGAAGAUCAAGCUCGAACAGCUUAAUGCUUAUCUCGAAGACGUACGAAAGCUGGCACUCGUGACGCAAGAGUUUGCGGACGAAAGUGCACACACAUUCGCCCCUAAACAUGUUGUCGGACUGAUCAGACGCAUGACCUCGUUAGACCCAGGGAAACGGCCGGAUACUGCGAUAGUAACCGAAGAGCUUAGCCGACUUGGAGGUCUUGAGCAGAUAUACCACAACACGUGCUGUAAAGCUUCGCCCAGGGCCCUGACACAGCUGUUCGACAUGAACUAUGCCAAAGUCUGUGGCGAACGAGACCACCUGAGGGAGGAUAACGAGCGCAUUCGGAGUCAUUGCGUCAUUCUCAAGGCAGCUGAAGAAACCUAUCAUAUGCGCUUGCAAAACCAGCAGGAAAAGCAUAGCAGAGACUGGGCGGUCUUGACGAGACAUCUCGAAGAAGCGAAGCAGUCCAAUAGGGAUCUCGAGGCACAACUUCAGCAGAGUCGCCGACACCGACCUGGCACGCAGUCGCAUGAGCGCAGCAGCAUCAGUGGUGGUCUUACAAUGCAGCCUCCGCGCCAACCUCACAGAUCGCCGCGGCAGGGCCACAGCAAGCCGGCAGUUUCGACGAUAAACGCAGUUUCAGCCCCGAGAAAUGUAUCGCCUGCUGCAACGCAUCGACCACUGCCGGAUAUGCGCAAGUCGACAGAUUCUUUGUCUGGUUACCCAUUACGAUCUCGAACCUCUGGAUCUCGACUUCCGCAACCCAUCAACCCAUCCACGCCAAUCAGGUCCGGGACACCAAGCACUCCUCGUGACACAAAUUCGACGGAUAGCACAAUGGGUAGUAUGUCUUCAUCGAUGUUCAGUCACAUCAGCAGACGGACCACAAGCAGCGGCCUUUCACCGAAUCCCAGUCCUAGUGCUUCCAAGAUACUUCCUGGGCCCGAAGCAUGCACAGCUGGACAACAUGGAGAUAGCGUAGCCGUCGCUUUAUCGCAAUCCAAGCUUCCGGCGCCACAAUUAGCAAGUCAGAUUCUCGUGUCUGAUGUGGUUCAUGAUGACGCAUCUCGAUAUAGCGACUCUGUGCAAGAUAGCGCCAGCCAAGCGGAUACGGAGCAGUCAGACUUAGUUGGGCCCUUCAAGGCCCCCUCGCUCCCGGUAGCCAAGAGCUGGGCUGCUAUUGCUGGCAGCAAAAAUGGCCCGGCCAACGUGAUCGGCGCCGCUGUAGCUGGCCGGAAGAAAAGGACCUGA